AUCAUGCCAAGAUAAGAAGCCACAAUGGAUUGGCAGUGACAACAAUGACAGCGAGUCUGACUAUAAAGACACAAAUAUGGUGCUUGGUGGGAGUGGUGACGGUGGUGAUGGGAGCGGUGGUGGGCCUGAACGGGGACCACGUGUGCGUGGUGCAGCAGAAAUACAACAUAACAAAGCGCGUGAAGUACCGCGCUCCGAUGUCAGUGCGGACGUACGAGUGGUGCUUCUCCAUGCCGCCGAGAUGCUCCAAAUGGAGCACAGAGAUGCGGGACCUUACUAGACUCGAGACGGAGGAGCGAACAGCGGAGGUGGCAGUAUGCUGUCCCGGAUACAAAAUGAAGGAUGUAUCUUGUGUGCCCAUCUGUCCGGCAGGGAGGACCGGCAGCGGAUGCUCUGAGGAAUGUCCAAAAAACAAAUGGGGUCCGAAUUGCGUGAACGAAUGCAAAAGAUGCACAAAACAAGGCAUCUGUUCUGUGGUGACAGGAGAAUGUCAAUGCCAAGAUGGAUGGCAAGGUGAGAGGUGUGAAGUGAGACAAACCACUCCUGCAACGAUGGAGGAACUAUCAGUUACGAAGCCAGUUAAUAUAUCUACCUCAGGACCUGUUCAUGAAAGAACUACUAUGCUUAGCACAACUGGAACAACCACUACAAAAGCACCAAUUAUCACAACAGUGAGGAUUCCAAUUACGGCAGCUACAACAACAACAACAACAUUGCCUACAACUCCUAAACCUACGACAACAAGUACAACAACAACUAGCACAAGUACUACUACUACUUCUACAACUAUGAGACCUGUUGCAACGACUUUAUUGACAAGUGCCCCAACAUCCACAGUAGAAACCACUAUACAGUCAUCAAAGAGUGCUACUGUAGAAGCUAUAUCGAAUAAAGAGUCGACGAGAACUACUAAACAUACAAAUUGGAAUAACGUGACUUUGACAUCUUGGGUUUUAUCAACAGAUAAAUCUGUACCUCCGACAAUGAUGCCGUUUACCACGGUUAGUCCAAUUUUCAUUAAAACAACCUUUACUAAAAAUGCUGAAACUAGUACAGAUUUCAUUAAAGAAACGACUGCUAGAAUAUUACCGUCAAAAACUGAGAAUUUAGAAUUGCCAUCACAAUCGACUAAAAUAUUUGAAAUGUCAACAAUGAAUUUGAGAACUGCUAAACCAAUCUUAAUAACGGAGCCUACAGUCAAGGAAGCUACAAGAAGACCAGAAACGACUAUCAAAAUAUAUCCAACAACAAUCAAGUUUAAACCAAAAGAAAUUUGGAUUAAGCCAGCACAAAAAGGUGAAUUACUAGUUGAAACAAAAAUUAAACCAAUUGCGGAACUGCCAAAGCAUAAAAAUGUUACGAAAAAGGAAACUCUGAUAAACACGACCCCGAGAACUAUCAUGGUUUCAAUAAUACCAACAUCUUUGUCUUACGCCACGUUCAAAAAGAUAGCUCUGACCACUGCAUCAUAUUUUACAUCUAAAAACGUAACCGGGAAACCAACUGAAAUGUUUACAAGGUCGAUGUCAACAUCAGCACCUAUCAAACCAUCCAGCACACCGAAACCCUUUCAAAAUAUCACUAAACACUUUACAGAAGAUAAGAAUGCCACUAACAGCAUGCGCACGACCGCUAAACCCUUAACUAUCUUUUCAACUAAUCCAACACGGAUCUAUAAAACUUCCACUAAAACUAUGGAGACGACAGAGAAAAAAAGAAACAAUACUGUCUCCCAAGCUAAAGAUGUUAAAACGACAGCAAAGCCUGAUGAAGAGUUUCAUAUUUUGACAGAACCGGAGCAUAUAACGGCUGUGAUGGACAAGCCAGAUCGGUCAUCGGUGGACUUGAUAUCGGUGAUCAGUAUAGCAGGCGGGGUGAUGAUGACGGUGAUCACCGUGGCGGUGGUGAUCGUGAUGCUGGAGCGGUGCAGGCGCCCGCGGUAUGAGGAUAAGAUGAACAGCAUCAGGAUGGAAGUGAUGAUUGAUAAUAAUGAUGGGCCGCCGCCGUAUGUGAGGAACAUCUUUAAUACGCCGUUGCCUGAGCCACCGCGGGCUGAAAAAUGCCAUUAUCAGCCAAUCUCAACUUUGGACAGGAACUUGAAACAAUUUAUGAGGCCAGUGGUUGUUCAAACAAUUUCUCCUAUGAUGUUGGAAAACUUUAGGGGAAUUCUAGAAUGCCAUUAUGACCACUUGCCUCGAAGAAGCGUUGAGUAUCCAACAUUACAGGCACGUUGUUCAGCAGCGCCAUCUCUGAGCGGUUGUGAUGAACUACGUCAACAGCGACCUGACUCGCUCGCCGAGUCUACUAUAGAAGCGCUCAAAUGUGAAGCAAAGCUAGACGUAAUUGAUAACACCACAUCUGAACCUUUGUAUGCUGAAAUACCAUGCUGGAGACCACCAUCAGAACACGCAAUUGAGGUCGUCAAUUUGAACGGAGAAGCUGUAACCGAAUUAUGACUUAAGCGCUACCAAGCAUAGAAGCUAGUUUCACUACUACCCGUUAGAUGGCGCAAAAAUAAAUAAAAGCGUUAUCCCAAAGAUUUUAUUUAAGACAGUUUUAAAAUAAUGAUUGAUGUUUUAUGUGGUUGUUUUGUGAAAAUUAAAUGCGUGUGUGAUUAAUAGAGUUUAAUAAUGUGAAGAUAGUUGUUUUUAACUGAACAUAUUAAUCGUAAUAAAAUGUGCGA